AUGUCGGAAUACUGGAAAUCGACGCCAAAGUACUGGUGCAAACACUGCAGCAUCUUCGUGCGCGACACGAAGCUGGAGCGCCAGAACCACGAAGCGACCGGCAAGCACCAGGGCGCGCUUAAGCGGUUCCUGCGCGACCUUCACCGCGGCCAUGAGCAGGAAGAGCGCGAAAAGGACCGCGCGAAGCGCGAGGUUGAGCGAUUGAAGGGCAUUUCAUCGGGGACGGGGCCUUCGUCAUACUCGUCGUCCUUUUCGAAACCCGGUUCGAGCGGCGCGACAUCGUCGACGUCGACAUCGGCGGAGGCACAACGGAAACAGCAGAUGGAACAGCUCGCGGGAAUGGGCGUGUCGAUACCGACGGAAUUCAGGGGCGAUAUGGCAAUGGCGGGCGAGUGGACUGUCACUGCUACAAAAGUCGUUGACGAGGCCGCCGAGAGGGAGAAGCCCGUCGAGGCAAAGGCUGUCGGGAUCAGGAAGCGCGAGCAGACGGAGGAGGAGCGGGAGGAGGAGGAAGCUGUUCGAGGCUUGUUCAAGAGGCCUAAGAAAUGGGGCAGCACCAAGACGAUGCCAGAGGACGACGAGGAUCUCGACGCCCUGCUGAACAGCAAUACCCUUCUACGACCUGUCAAGAAGGAAGAGCCCGAUGAGCCAGAGGUGAAGACGGAGGAAAGCCACGCAGGGGGCGAGAUGAAGCAGGAGGGCGACGCAGAAGACACGACGGAGGCGAAGCCAGAUGUGCCAGCCAUUAAGAGCGAGCCGACGGAGGACGAGGCUGGCAAGAGCCUGGACGUGCCGGCCUUGGGAGAAGACAGCAUCAAGAAGGAAGACGAGGCUGCGGAGCCCACGGAGGCUGCGGCUCCGGCAGUGGUGUUCAAGAAGCGCAAGCCCAAGAACAUUCGACAAAAGUAA